CGCAUGGUGCCGGCAGUACAUGAAAAGCAAUCAAACGAAUAACACAUCGUCUAGUAACGCAAAGUUUACUAAUAAUUUUUCUAAAACAAACGUGAAAGUGACAAAAGCAAAUACAAUGUCUGCAAUUGGAAUUGAUUUGGGAACCACAUAUUCCUGUGUUGGUGUUUGGCAACAGGGAAAAGUGGAAAUAAUUGCCAACGAUCAGGGCAAUAGAACAACACCAAGUUACGUUGCAUUCACAGACACUGAACGUCUUAUUGGCGAUGCUGCGAAAAAUCAAGUGGCAAUGAAUCCGGCCAACACUGUUUUUGACGCAAAACGAUUGAUUGGUCGAAAAUUUGACGAUCCAAAAAUUCAGAGUGACCUGAAACAUUGGCCCUUCAAAGUCGUCAAUGAUGGAGGAAAACCAAAAAUUGAAAUUGAAUUUCGCGGUGAAAUAAAGAGAUUCAAUCCAGAGGAAAUAAGUUCAAUGGUGCUGACAAAAAUGAAGGAAACAGCAGAGUCAUAUCUUGGGAAAAAAGUAAAAGACGCAGUUGUGACAGUACCAGCAUAUUUUAACGAUUCCCAACGUCAAGCGACAAAAGACGCCGGUGCAAUUGCUGGACUCAAUAUUUUGCGAAUAAUAAAUGAACCAACAGCCGCUGCACUUGCCUAUGGUCUCGAUAAAAAUCUCAAAGGCGAAAAGAAUAUAUUAAUAUUUGACUUGGGCGGAGGUACAUUUGAUGUUUCGAUAUUGACAAUUGAUGAGGGUUCAUUGUUUGAAGUGAAAUCAACAGCAGGCGAUACACAUUUGGGUGGUGAGGAUUUUGACAAUAGACUUGUUGAACAUUUGUGCAAGGAAUUUGAGAGGAAAUUUAGAAAAAAUCUACGUCAAAAUCCAAGAAGUCUACGACGAUUGCGAACAGCGGCGGAGAGAGCAAAACGAACACUAUCGUCGAGCACUGAGGCGAGCAUUGAAAUUGAUGCACUCUACGAGGGUUUGGAUUUUUAUACAAAAAUAUCGCGCGCACGCUUUGAGGAAUUGUGCGCCGAUUUGUUUCGUGCAACACUAGAGCCUGUUGAAAAAGCGUUGGCUGACGCUAAAAUUGAUAAGAGAAGAAUUGAUGAGGUCGUACUUGUUGGUGGUUCAACGCGUAUUCCAAAGAUUCAGAAUAUGUUGCAAAAUUUCUUCUGCGGAAAACAAUUGAAUUUGUCAAUUAAUCCCGACGAGGCCGUGGCUUAUGGUGCUGCGGUUCAGGCGGCAAUACUCAGCGGUGAGGGAGGCAAUAAUACAACACUUCAGGAUGUUCUGCUGGUGGACGUGGCUCCAUUGUCUCUUGGUAUCGAAACGGCAGGCGGAGUGAUGACAAAAAUUGUCGAACGCAACGCACGCAUUCCUUGUAAACAGUCGCAAACAUUCACCACGUACGCCGAUAAUCAACCGGGCGUUACUAUUCAAGUUUACGAGGGUGAACGUGCAAUGACCAAGGACAAUAAUCUCCUGGGGCGUUUUGAGUUGAGUAAUAUUGCACCGGCGCCACGAGGUGUGCCAAAAAUUGAUGUCACCUUCGAUAUGGAUGCCAAUGGUAUUCUUCAUGUUACGGCUAAGGACACGGCAAGUGGACGCAGUAAUAAUAUUCGCAUCACCAAUGACAAGGGACGAUUGUCGAGGGAGGAAAUUGAUCGUAUGUUGUCGGAGGCUGAACGUUAUCGCGAUCAAGAUCAACAGCAACGUGAAAAAGUUGAGGCUCGCAAUAAAGUUGAGAGCUAUGUCUUCAAUGUGAAGCAAGCCGUUAAUGAUUGUGGUACAAAAUUGAAUGAUUCGGAGAAGAAAACAAUUUUGGAUUAUUGUGAAGAGACGAUACAUUGGCUUGACAAUAAUACCCUCGCCGAGAAGGAGGAAUUUGUUCAUAAAUUGAAGGAAAUUGAGAAAUUGUGCUCGCCACUUCUGACAAAAAUACAUCAAGGAGCAGGAGGUGAGAAUUGUGGAAGUCAAUUUAGGCAAGGACAAAAUCCCUAUGGAAAUUCUUUCGGUGGCCAAAACUCGGGACCCACUGUGGAGGAAGUUGAUUAAUUAGUUAAUUUUUCAAAACUGUUACAAAAAAACUUGCAGUAUUUUGUAAAGAAAAUGUUUGAGACUGAUAUAUUUAAUUUUCAUUUAAGAUUCUUUUAUUUUGCUCGCUAGGCUAUUUAACUAAGUCUACAUUGUGAUAAUCGUUCGUAAAUAAAGUUUAUUUAUUGUUUCUAUACACAAA